AUGAUGUGGGGAGGAAGUGAGGUUCCUUUGCAGGGGGUACCUCUCUCUAAUUCAGAGGCAUCUCUCCUCUACAUUUGGAGACCAAUUCUUUUCUUGCUUUGUGGUUGUUGCUUUCUUCCUUUAUGUAUAUAUAUGUACGCACGUAUAUUUAUUUAUCUAUGUAUACAGAGCAUUCUUUUUUUUUUUUGUUUUUUUCUUGCGUCAAAUCCUACUUUUUGUGGUAGUGGUGGCGGUGGGGGUAAUAUUAUAUAUAGGGGUGAUGGUGGGAUGGACGCCAUGAAGAGUGGUGAACGAGAGAAUUCUAAUGAUUCCUUUGUGGAGGAUAUUCUCCACAGUCGAUCACUGCGGAACCAGCUAGAGACGCCGCUCAUCAAGAACAGCACGAAGAACAUUUCUGCGUUUGCAGCAGCUGCACCACAGGAGGCUGAAAACUCCCCCGAUGCUGCGAGCUCUGGCCGUCAGAAGUCUCCCAGGGUGUCAGGCAGCGGAGAGAGCGAAUCCUCGUUACGCGGCUCUCGAAGGGUCCUUCAGUCUCUUUUUGGGUAUGCUCUUAUAUUUAUAAACUUUACGUUUAUUAUGGCGUCUAUGCUGCUUGUCAUGUCCGGUAUUGUUGCUCGUCAGAACGCAGCGGUUCGUCUCUGUGAACCGUGUGGUCACGUUGCGAUGUCUGCCCUUGUUUUUGGGAUUAUUCUUUGUCUUUUUACCAUCCUUGGGUUUAUGUGGAUACGCCAGCGGCAAAUGAUGUUUUUGCUGGUAUAUGUUGGUUAUCUCGUUGUGUUAUUUAUAGCUCUAUUUGCACUUAUUAUCGCAGCGGCUGUUUAUGAUCGGGACACACAGGUUUCCGUGAUGGAUCCCAGCAAGUUUCUGGACGCAUGGAAACGCGGCGUCAAUAAUACAAAGACUGGUCGAAACCAUGAUAUUUGUUUACUACAAGAGCGUUUCAAUUGCUCCGGCUUUCGUGACGGUUGCUGCGUUGCCGGGGUAUGCUACGAUGCAAUUGACCCACCCAAGUGGGUUGAUGCUGUCUGUCCCUUGUGUCCAUCCUUCCCUCCUAUGUCUCCGGUAGUCUGCACCGACGUUGUUUACUCCACAGUGCGGAAGAACUUAAGUGGAUUUUUGGUAAUCAGCAUUUUUUCAAUGGUGCUUGUAGUUGUAGGAAUCCUUUUUGCGUUACUUUCAAGGAGCGCAAACCGCUUGAUGAUGUCUAGCGGAGUGUGA